CGAUUGGCUAGUGUUUAUAUUUCACUUCCAGCUGACGGGGGGCAAUUAUAUUUGUUGUGGUUUUUGGUGGAGCGCGAAACUUUCGAUGAAAAUAAGAAGAUGGAACAGCACAAAAGUCGGCUGGUUUAUACCAUCGGCAUGCUCACGGUGUUUCUUUGCGGCGCCGUGCUCUUUCUAAUUGGCUUCUUUCCGGCCUCCUAUUCGGUGGCGGAGGAGGAAAGCACCGUGCCAGAAGGCCGGCCCACCGCAUUGCUCGGCGUGGAAGUGACGCCGCCGCCUCCUGCCUACGACUCUGUUGUGCUGCUACUGGUCGACGCGUUGCGCGAUGAUUUUCCAGAUGCCACGUCUAUGCCGGUGGCUUAUUCUAGGGCUUGCGAGAAGCUUAAGCUUCAUGUGGAUAUACCAACCGUAACUAUGCCUCGCUUGAAAAGCAUCACCACCGGUACCCUUUCAAACUUCAUCGACAUUGCGUUAAACGUGGGCCACACGGAGCAGAUGCAGGACUCGUUCUUGCACCGCCUAAAGCAGCAGAAUCGAGUUGUUUCCUUCGCCGGUGACCACACAUGGGUGAAGCUCUUUCCCAGCGAGUUCACACGGCAUGCUGAAAACCAUGAUUCCUUCUAUGUUAACGACUUCUAUGAAGGCGAUAGAAAUGUGACCAAUGCACUGGAGACUGAGCUGGAGCGGAGUGACUGGUCUCUGCUGAUUUUACACUAUCUGGGCCUCGAUCACAUUGGUCAUGUCGAAGGCAAUGCCAGUCCUAGGGUGCCCCUCAAGCUAAAGGAAAUGGAUGAAGCGGUGAAAAAAAUAUUGGAUCAUAAGAGCUUUCCCAACGUCUUGCUUAUGCUGACCGGAGAUCAUGGCAUGGCUGAUGGCGGAGGACAUGGCGGUAACACGCCUGCCGAAACUCUAGUACCUUUAUAUUUGUAUUCUAACAACUGCAGCCAAACAACAUCCGUAAGAAAACUGUACAACCAAAUUGACUUGGCACCUACCCUUUCAGUGCUUCUGUCUGUUGAAAUACCCACUCUCUCCAUUGGGUGUCUAAUACCGGAGAUGCUGCAGUCGUUGUCUUUGGAGCACCAGUUGUAUGCUUACUUCUACAAUGCCCACCACUUGCUCAACAAGGCGCGAGUGAAGUUCGGCCACGAAAGAGUCCAUCGGAGCGAUUACUACACGUGGUAUCAGAAUGCCACCUUGUUGCACAAGAAGCUACUGCAACCUUUGAGAGAGGGCGGUGGAGGUGGAGCCAGUCAGGUUUACUACCAGAAUGCAAAGCUAAAUUAUAUGCGCGUGGCCCGCGAGAUUUCCGGUCUACUUUCCGAAUCCCUAGUGAAGUUCGACUACGGAUUUAUAGCGCUUGGAUUAUCUUUAACCACAUCGACAUCCCUUCAUAUUGUGAUCAGCGUCUUGUACUUGGAUCUCACCGAACAGCUUCAGUUGGACGGAUUAAAAGUGGGACAGCUGUGGCUAUCUGUGAUUGCUGCUGUCAUCUUAAAUUGUACUAGUCAUGCAUUGGACAUCAUCAUGACCAGUUCUACGCUUUACAGCAUUCUUCUAUUGGUACCCAUUUCAAUAGCUGUUUACCUUACAACCGAUGUGGCGCAGGCGCUGCUCAAGAUUGCGUUACCUCCGAUAUACACACGUCGUCUAAAGAUUUCCAUUCCAUUACCGAAACCUUUGCUAGCUUGUUAUGCUAUACGCACUUUAACUCUUGGUUCCUCCUCGUUUAUUGAGUACGAGUACAAGACGUGGUAUUACCUGGGUAAUACCCUCAUCCUGUUGACGGCAUUCCGAACGCUUCGAUGGCGUAUCACCAAAACCAACGUGGAACUAAAUGGCCGUCAUCUGUACACUAUUGCGUCAACCUGUCUGUGGCAAAUGCGUAAAGUGCUUGUGGUACUUAUGUUGCUCACAUUGAUGCGCUACAUUCACAGGCUGCAGGCUAUCCGGAGCACCGUCGUGAUAUUUUCGCUACUGUUGCUCUGGGCACGCCUGCAUCGUCACAGCCAGUUGACGCAGUCGGUGGCCAGUGGAGCAGCUUUAUUUAUGGUUUACUGCUUCCGAGGGCUAAACGGCCAGGUGAUUUUCUUCGACAUUCCUCCGCAUAUGGCUGCAAAACUUAUGGUGCCGACGCUAGUGACCUUCUGGUGCUGUUUGGCACUGGUUUUGGUGCUGGGCUACCGGGCGGCGCUGCCUCAAACGAACACCUUUGGGAAAAUGCCGCCCACAGGUGCAUUAUUGCAGUUACUACAGACGAACCUCAGCAGUUCCCUGCUCUUAGCUGCGCUUUUGCAACGGGUUCAAAAUAUCUUACUCCUGCCCGUGCUUCUCGUGGCCCUGCAGCAAACUUAUAAGCUGUGCGAUGUUUAUGGGACAAGUGCCCGAAAGUUCUCCGUGCGACUGGUACAUGUGUACAAGAUCAUCAUGACCAUAUUCCUGUCCAGGAUGUUCUUCUUUUACCAGGGAAACUCGAACAGCCUAUCCACCAUUGACCUAACGCCGGGUUAUAUCGGGCAGACAAGCUACAACCCAUCGAUCGUUGCCAUCUUUGUCACCCUCAACACUUACAGUGCGGAUAUUCAUGCAUUCCUCUAUUUAGUUGUCCAUACUCUGCGCUCGGAUCUGCGCAGUGUGGGUAUCAUGCAGCUACAGCCUCCUUAUUCGAUUGCCGCGGACUCGCUGAUAGCUCCGCUCUACGCCGCGCUGAUCAUGUUGCCGGCGGCCUUCUACCUCUGCCUCUUGGUGGGCUUCCGCUACCACCUUUUUAUCUAUUCCGUAUUUUCACCAAAAGUUCUUUACGACUGUUACACUGUGCUGGUGUUUUAUUUGGUAUUUUUAGUAACGAGUUUGUACUUUAAAUUGUUUAAACAUGACGCUUAAAAAAGAAAUAAUUUAAAUAUGCUUAUGCUAUU